AUGUUUGAGAAUAUCGGCAUGUAUGCGAGGGUCGCUGCGUUCAUUUUCGCCCUCGCCGGAGAAGAAAUCCGCAACAUCGCCGGCGGCAUUGUCACUCGCCAACAAGCCCGUUGGUUUGGGAGCACACCAUUCGAAGACCGGAGGUUUAAUAUUGUAAUAGUCGGCGCGUCAUUCGCAGGUUACCAGGUGGCUCGUAUCAUCGCUAAUAACCUUCCUCCACGGAGCCCCUAUCGAGUCAUCGUGAUCGAGCCUAGCAGCCACUUUGUGUUUACUUGGGUUCUACCACGCUACUGUGUAGCUAAAGGGCAUCAACACAAGGCGUUUGUGCCCUAUGGGGGCUACACCGAUGCUGCGCCAGAUGGGGCUGUGAGAUGGAUCAAGGACCGUGUUGUCAGCGUUACCAGAGAGAGCGUUGAGUUGCAAGACUCCAAAGAGGUCAUUCCUUACAGCCACCUGGUCAUCGCUACUGGAUCUAAUGUCAAGCAUGGUCUCCCUUCGCGGGUUCACGAAACCGAGAAGAGUGCUGGGAUGAAGCUCUUGCAACAGAUGCAGCAAGAGAUAGAAAGAUCCAAGGAUCUUGUGGUGGUGGGUGGGGGUGCAGCUGGCGUCGAGGUAGCCACGGAUGCCAAGGCAAAGUAUCCUGACAAGAAAGUUACGCUGGUCCACUCCCGAAAUGCGCUGAUGCAUCGGUUUGGGGAAAAGCUGCAAGUAGCUGCGCUCCAAGGGACGGAGAAGCUGGGUGUUGAGGUUAUUCUUGAAGACCGCGUAGUCGGACGGAAUGAGAGUUCCAAAACUGUGCAUUUGAAAUCAGGCCGAGAGCUUGAUUGUGAUUUCAUGAUAAAUUGUGUUGGUCAAAAGCCUAGCUCAAAUCUUAUCGCUCAACUCUCGCCAACUUCUAUUUCUACGACUGGCCACAUCAAAGUUAGACCUACUCUUCAAGUGGAAGGUGAAGACUUCUCCAACAUCUACGCAUGUGGUGAUGUCGCAGACACCAAGACACCGAACCCAAACGCCCGAUCAGCAAGUCGCCAAGCAGUCGUUGUGGCCAGAAAUAUUCUCCUGGAAGCACAAGGUAGACUUCCAGAAAAUACUUACGAAAAUCAUUGGGGCGAUGGCGUUAUCAAAUUAACCUUAGGCUUGGAUCGCUCAGUUGGGUAUAUCGGCGAUGACGAGUCUGGAUUGCUUUUUGAAAGCCGGGAAAAGGCUGAGGAACUCAUGGCAGCAAAUUGUUGGAGACAUAUGGGAAAGAAGCCAUACGAAGAUGAUACUAAGCUCUCGUGA